UUGAGCAGAAUAUGCCUAUUUAAUCACGUCAGAGAAAGCGUUGAAAUGGAGGCAAUAUAUACACAAGGCAUUUGGGCAGCUGAAACUCUCCAGCAACGGACAAAGAAUCUGGAAAAAUUUUGGCUUGUCAUUACACAUCUUGGCGAUCCUAAAGCAGCCUUUUUGUUCGUCUUUCCUUUCACCUAUUUUAUUAGUAAACGAGCAGGAAUAGCAGUGCUUUGGGUCGCAGCUGUAUCGGAGUGGUUGAACUUGGUGUUUAAAUGGAUGCUGUUCGGCGAAAGACCUUUCUGGUGGAUGGGUGAAUCUGGUCUAUUUGUCAACACACAACCUCAAGUUCACCAGUUUCCAUCCACCUGUGAAACGGGCCCAGGCAGUCCAUCAGGACAUGCGAUGGUGACAGCAGCAGUGUGGUGGGUCGUAAUGUCCUCACUGGGGUCAUCUCUGUAUGCCCGCACCCGCAGUGUGAUGAUAUCAGCUACGCCGUACGUGCUUUAUGUGGGAAUGCUGGUUGGAGUUGGAAUCUCCCGGAUCUUCAUCCUAGCUCAUUUCCCUCAUCAGGUCAUCGCUGGCAGCAUCACAGGGUUCCUUCUGGGGGUUCUUUUGAGUGGUCGAGUACCAGAACGUCGCCCCCUGCUGUUCUUCUUCAGGUUAAGCAUCGGCAUGCUUCUUAGUGCUCUUCUGCUCUAUUUUGGAUUGCAGCAGGUUGGAGUUGACCUGUCCUGGUCUAUUGCUUUGGCAAAGAAAUGGUGCAGCCGUGCAGAGUGGAUCCGUCUGGACACCGCCCCGUUCUCCUCUCUGACUCGAGACUGUGGGGCCCUGUUGGGUUUGGGGCUCGCCCAGUACUGGAAACCCAACGGCUGGUCCCUGCCUUGGGCUCCAAGGUCCUUGUGUCUCGCCUUAUCAUCCAUGGGACUUUAUCACGUCAAUCGCCUACCACUUCCUGUUCGACCACAGGGCCUCUUCUAUGGGCUGUUUUUUGUCAAAUUUGUCCUAGUGCCCCAAAUUGUCAUGGUAUUUGCACCUGGGUUGGUGUACCUUUUCACACACAAAACGAAGAAAGACUAG